AUGAACUUAAAAAUCUUCCGUCUAAGGGAGAGACAUCCAAGGACUGAAGCACAGCGCAUCAAAUGGUGGAAUCUAAAGGAUCGAGAGGAGGUAUUCUCCGCAUCCGUGGCUCCGCCUACACUUCCCCACCCUACCCGUGGUGUGGAGGAAAUGUGGUCUCCUACUUCCAGCGUCAUGCGUACGCUUGACCGUGGAGAACAGUCUGGGAAAAACGACUCUAGGCAAGUUCAAUAUACACAAGGCUACAUAGUUUUGGAACGAGCUGCAAUUCGUGCUGAAGAUUGUGGUGCCUAA